GUCUUGUCGGGUAACCCUUUGGCAGGAAAAGCGAUGAUUGAUUGCUUCUCUUUCCACAUUUCUUGCGUACUCUUUUCUUCUUCUCAUUCUACCCAAACCAAACUCAGUUCUAGCGUGGAAUUUUCCGAAUUGACAAAUGGGGAGGUUGUUUGUGGUCCAUCUGGAGGGGAAGGUCUAUAGCUGCAAACACUGCCGAACCCAUCUCGCUCUCUACGAAGACAUCGUUUCCAAGUCUUUCCACAGCAGACAUGGUAAAGCUUAUCUCUUCAGUAAGGUUGUGAAUGUUUCUGCGGGAGUAAACGAGGACAGGCAGAUGCUCACUGGAAUGCAUACUGUGGCCGACAUUUUCUGUGUGGGCUGUGGAUCAAUUGUGGGUUGGAAAUAUGAGACUGCUCAUGAAAAAGGCCAGAAAUACAAGGAAGGAAAAUCUGUACUUGAACGGUACAAGGUAUCAGGUCCUGAUGGCAACAAUUAUUGGGUCAGCCAUGAAGCACAUGUUGGUGGAAGUGAUGCCGAUGAUGCUUAGUCAUCUGCAAUUGACAAUUGAAUUGUACAUUCCUUAAUCCCCCCUGUUGUUCAAUGAAUGUGGAUUUUAUUCGGGCAAUUUACAACAUCUGCAUUUUGCCCAAAACAUGAUUUAAAUACAUUUGAUUGUUAAUUCUGAUGUAAAAAAACUAAUGUUAAAACUUCUAAUUAAUGCUGUUUAUCUAAUUGUUGUAUUAUCGAUCUUCA